AUGAUCUCACAAAUCGAAGGUCUAUCAGUUGAAGUUAUUAUUCGUUUAGCAAGAUUUUUUAUUAAGAAUAAAUAUUUUGAAUAUAAUGGUCAAUAUUAUCAUCAAAUAAGAGGAGGAGGAGGAGCAAUGGGUUCUCCUCUUACUUUAACUAUAGCCAACUGUUAUGUGUUUUUCUUUGAACAGAAAAUUAUUCGUCAAAUCCAUAAUAGUUUCGGUUUAUAUUAUCGUUUUAUUGAUGAUGUUUUUAUCAUUAUCAAUUGGCCAGAACGUCAUUUUAAGAAACAAUUUGAUCAAUUGAAUACGUUUGAUUCCAAUAUUAAAUUAUUAGCUAAUAUUAAUUUAUAA